UUAAAUUCAAGAUGGCGGCAUCUACAAGUUUCUUUCUUCUCUCUGUUUGUUUCUCUUGCAAGACCGCUCUCAGUGAAAAUCCUAACAUAAUCAUCUUCUUAACUGACAAUCUUUCUUUUCGGGAUCUAAGUAUUUAUGGGAAUAAUUCUCAGCAGACUCCGAACAUCGAUCGCUUGGCUCGUGAAGGAGUGUUGUUUUCACGUUGGUACUCUCAGUCUUCGAGAAUUUCCUCCCUAGCUUCUAUCUUAACAGGAUUAUUGCCACCUCGAAAUGGAAUGAUAAAGAGCAAAUUCUUAUCGUUUAAGGAAAUACCAUCUUUAGCUUCUACUGGAGGACUACCUAACAGUGAAAUUACUUUGGGAAAAGUUUUAAAGGCGAAAGGCUAUUCGACGAGUUUUGUUGGUUUGUGGGGUCUUGGAGUCGGUAGGAAUGGAGAAUAUCUGCCCCUUAAUCAUGGGUUUGAUUAUUGGUAUGGCGUACCGUCAGCCCACAAAGAACACUGCACAAAUAAUUAUAGAGCGGCAUCAGAUUCUCAAUAUACUUGGGAAUCCGUUUUCUCGUUUUUCAGCCCAAUGCUUUACGUUUUACCAAUUGUUGCAUUUAUUGUUUGGUAUAAUGGAUAUUCUAUAAACAUGGUCACUGUUUUCAUAAUUAUAAUAGCUUUUAUAUUUUAUACCAGUGUGUUGCAUGAUGUGAUUCACUACACCAUGGACGUAAUUCAGAUAAGGAGCUGUGUACUAUACAAGAACAACAACAUCAUUGAACAACCCUACACUUUAGAAAAUUUGACUCUGCGGUUUACGAGAAGUGCUGUUAGUUUUUUAGAGGAAUCAUCAGUUUCAAGCAAACCAUUCUUUUUAUUUGUGAGUUUCAUGAACCUCAACCAGCCGGUGUUUGCGUCACAGUUGUUUUCUAAUGGUAGCAAGAGUAGUUAUUCUGAUGCCUUAAGAGAAGUGGACUGGAGCAUUGGAAGGAUAGUGAGGACAGUAAGAGAAAGGAGAGUUGACAACAAUACCAUUGUUAUAUUUACAUCAGCCACGGGGCAUUAUGUUGAUGAAACUUGUGACAGCUCUACACCAUCUGAAAAUGAAGAUGAAGAAACACUCUGUUCAAAAGGUGAAAAUUGCCAAAAAAAUGAUCAGGUUAGGCCAAGUAAAAAAAAAAAGACACGUUUUCUGGUGACCAUGCAGCUCUCAGAAGACCUCACACGAUUGGUUGGGAAAACAAUGAACAAACAAAGUAAACAAUGGAAUCUAGCCAGAAAACAAAAGAUGAGAAAAGCUGUGAAAUGAGGGGGACCUAUGAAAUUGGAAGUUCUGCAGAGCUGCAAGGUUACUGACUGCUUCUCAUCUGGAUUUGCAUUAAAAACUAGAGUUGGUGGGUAUUGCCAAUUGAAAGCUUCUUUUACAAAUUAUUACCCUCUCCCAGAAUAAUUUGGAAUUGUUGGGUCAAAUAUCAAUUAAUGAAAUGCCAGAUAAUAAGUAAACACAAAAUUGAUUUAUUUAUACAACAUGCUUUAAACAGCAUGGUCUGUUAUGCAGGAUUGUGGAAUAACUGGUGUUGAAAGUGAUGCCUGUUGGUUUUGUUUGUUUUAACUUUUCCAAAAAGAGAGAGGUGGCCCCAAUAAAUAAAGCGGGUAAGGACAAGAAACAUUUUUUUUUUACUUGGCCUUAACUUCUUCUUUACUGCAUACAUAAUAAGUAGUAGAGUUACACCAAGGUUAUUUAAAUUCGUCAGCUCAGUUUCAAACAGAAAAUAUGAGAAAGAAAUAUUAAAUUAAAAAAGUUACUUUCCUCCUGUGAGUAUCAUUUAUGUUUCCAUGGUGCUGUUGCUGAAUAAUAAUUUCAGCAAGCAUUUAUUAUUAUUUAAGGUUCACUGUUUUCCUCUCCAUGAAUUAAUUAAAUUUCUUUCCCAUAUAUUGAAGGAGCUGUGUCACAAAAUUCAGCCAAAUUAGGAAAUUACAAAAUGCCCGUUAAAUUAAGAGAAACAUAAAAAUAACUGCUUAAAACUUUAAAGGAAGGUUAAAAUAGCAUGAUAACAACAACAACAGAUGCCAUGGAUGGGCAAAACUGAAGAAGAUUGUUAAUAUGCAAUGUCAUAUUCUGGGUGACUUCUCCUAAGGAGCUUGGGCUAUCUGUGUCUUGACAACAGCGGGGCCAACUCUAGGUGUCUUAGCCUGUGACAACAGCUGUUUCUCCUUGCUCUUCGCCACUGGGGAUGUUUUGUGAGGAGGAACGUCUGCGACUCAGCGGCAGAAAUUCCAUACUGAUGACGUAAAUCAAUGUUUACUUAAUAAAUCCGGUAGUCAUAUGGUUCCAAAUGCAAACUUGUUCAAUUUUACCUUUCUCCUGGUCAAUUUUGGUAAUAUAAAGUGUUGUGUUCAUCUGUGAACGAGUUCCAGCAAAACUCAAAUGCUUCUUCUGGAAAGGACUAUAUUCCACAAAUAUAAACUGUUUUGUUAGAGAUUCAUUGUGUUUACAUUGACCUUUGUGGCGUUUUGUCUUUUGUCUGUCAUUCGUAAACAAUAGCUAAAACAAUGUAACUACUGCGUCAUCCAAUCAGCGCUUCUGUCUGGAUUCCGGACAGAUUUUAGGUCAUCAGUAUAGAAUUUCUGCUACCAAGUCACAGACAUUCCUCCUCACAAAACGUCCCCAGCGGUGAAGAGCAAGGAGAAACAGCUGUUUUCGCAGGCUAUAGCUGUCUGUUCUAUAGAGGUGACUGUCUUAUAGAGGUGUACGUGAAGACAGAGUUGAUUGAUGUCAGUCUUGUUAAUACACUGCUCUAGGUAUCGAUAAGAAUGAUGUUUGGGAACAAACCAUCUGUGUGCCAGCAGUGAUAACAUGGCUUGGACACAUAACACCCAAUCAAAUUAUAAAGACACCUGUGACCAUCAUGGAUAUUAUGCCCACUGUGCUGGAAUUACUCAACCAUAGUGCUGAUGCUUUACAGUCAGAUGGCAAAAGCUUGUUGCCUGUUUUGUUCAACACAUCGGCAGAAUCUCAACAUGAGUAUAUUUUCCAUUACGUUGAGGUUACCAAGCCAUCUGCCAUAACAAGAGGAUCUUAUAAAGUUGUUUACACAGACAUCAAAGGUAAUAAUGAAGAAAUAAAAUAGUUGCAUUUUCCCCUAAAAAUUGCACAAAAAUGUGAAAAUAAUAGCACCAAUGCUGCAAAAUUACAACAGAUUUAAAGCUAUCAAGCAAACUUUUAUUGAAAAAAUGCUGCACCUUAUAAGCGAAAAAAUAUGGUAUUUAGUUCUCAACAACAAAAAUUUUUUUGCUUUAAUACAGGGUGGUUAAUAAUAUUGAAAAGCCCUCUUGGGUCCAAUCUGAGAAAAUUUGACAUCAUAUCAUGGAUUUUACUAAUUAUUAUUAUUUGUUCAAUUAUUAUUUAUUUUGAUGUAGAUGAUGGAACAGUUGAGUCCUUUGAUCCUCCUCUGCUGUUCAAUGUUGAGGUCGACCCCAAAGAGAAGACACCUUUACCAAACACAGAAUACAGAGAACUGUUAGCAAACAUUUCAGAUGCUUUGUUACAACACAUGUCUUCUAGAAGGAACAAAUGGCUCUCACAGCUGGACAGCCGUAUAAUUCCUUUUUGGUUUCCCUGUGCAAAUUUUCCACACUGUUUCCAAAAGAGUGAUGAAACCAGUGACUUUUCAGAUUUGUUUCACUUGUAGCAAUGCUGAAUUUGUGCACAUUACAUUUCUAAGGAAACCUUUAUUAAGAACUGACGGUGCUUUUGAUAAGUAAUAACGGCCAAAACCUCCCUCAACAGUAAAGUCGGCUCCUUUACCUUAACUUGAAGGUUUUAAAGAAAUGUUCUUUUAAACUUUGUUGAUACAAUGAUAAAUUUACUCUACUCAAACUAGCUGCCUACCUCAAAUGACGUUACAUUUUUUAGCUGUUUUUGUUGUUUGGGGGAAGAGUAUUUCCCAUAACUAGGACUCUAAUGACACCUCUAUACUCCAGACGUAGUUGAUCAAUAAAAAUCAAUAUCAGGAAUUGAUCGAUGUCAUCGAUAUUAAUCAAUGUAAUCUGCCAAUUAAUAUCUAUUGAUUUUGGAAAUCGAUAGAAAUCGAAGUCACAGAAAAAACAAUUUAUCGAUUAACAAUUGAAAAUUGAUAACAAUCGAUAGGAACGAUAGUAAUCGAUAAAAAAUCAUUAUUGAUUUUAUAUCAGAAAGUCAUCGAUAUUAAUUGAAUCACUACCUUUUUUCUUUAUUGAUUUCUAUCGAUCGAUAUCGGAAAUCGAUAUUCAUCGAUGAUUGAUAAUAUCAAUUAUUACUAUCAAUUAUCGGUUAUUGAUUAACUACAUCUGGUAUACUAGGCCUAUAUCAUGGCAUUUUCCCACAACAGUCUCUUUUUAGAUGCAUUUUAAAGCUCUUUCCCCUGAAAAAAUGGAACAACUCCACUUUGUUUCUGAGCACAAUAUUUUAAAGCAUAGACUGAGUGAUUUUACUUAACUCAUGUAAUAGGUAC